CGCCUGGCUCUGCUUUGCACCUGCUGUCAAACCGCCUCUCUUGCUAGCUGCUGCUAGCUGGCCGCAUCCCGGUGCGGUGUGAUGGUUGGUAACGCGGGUCGACCGCGGGGAGUGACAGACAGUUAACCCGGACUGUAGCCGCUGAGGACGAUGGGGCUGCCGCAGAGCUCGCUCCUGUCGGACGGUGGAAGCAACAGCGGAUAUCAUGUUCACGGAGUUCAAGAGGACUCGCCUGCACUGAACGCCGGUCUGGAGCCCUUCUUUGACUUCAUUCUCUCCAUAGGGAACACCAGACUUAAUAAGGAGAGUGACUUGCUGAGGGAUCUGCUGAAGGCCAAUGUGGAGAAAGCGGUCAGGCUUGAAGUGUACAGCUCCAAAACCCAGCGGGUGAGGGAGCUGGAGGUGACACCCAGCAACAUGUGGGGCGGCCAGGGGCUGCUGGGAGCCAGCGUUCGCUUCUGCAGCUUCGAGGGAGCCAACGAGAACGUGUGGCACGUGCUGGACGUGGAAGAGAAUUCUCCUGCAGCGCUUGCUGGCCUCAUUGCUCAUGACGACUUUAUUGUCGGGGCUGACCAAGUCUUACAAGAUUCAGAAGAUUUCUUCUCCUUGAUUGAAGCCAACGAGGGGAAGCCUCUGAAGCUGCUAGUUUAUAACACGCAGACGGAUCAGUGCAGGGAGAUUGUGGUGACCCCCAACGGAGCCUGGGGAGGAGAGGGCAGCUUAGGCUGCGGCAUCGGCUACGGCUACCUGCACAGGAUCCCGUCUCAUCCGGUUCACCCAAGCGUCCAGCACAGAAACGUUCCUCAGCCGACCGUAACGGACAGCAGGGAGGAGGCGACCGCGUCCGCUCGCAGCCAGGUGCCUCCACUGGCUGAAGGAAGCCCCUGUAACGACGCAGGGUUAACCGAAACCGAAGGAGUUGUGCUCAAUCUUAGCGAAAUCUCACCUUCACACGAGCCCGCAGACGACGAUGUCUCCAGCACCCCCGGAGUCGUCGUCUCAGAUUUAUCCGAAGCCGCCUCCACCAACGAUGAAGGCCACAGCUCUUUGUUCGCUGAUUACGCCGAUGACACGCGUGACCAAUGUAGCUCGGAUGAUUUGAGUUUGGACCAAACGUCCUUAUCUCAGAGGGAGGAAAAAGAAGACUCUCAAACACAGCAAGAGAGCGUUUUAGAUCGUAGCUGCAGCCUCAGAGAGGUUGCAGAUGAUGCGGCGACCGUCAAAGAUUUCCCAGAGAGCGUGGGGACCGUCCCAGAGAUGCUGAACCCUAACCUGGAAGCUCUCAGCUCGGGUCCUCUCUCAGAGCAGGAGAUGGUUGAAGCUGCUGCGUCAGCCAGUUGAAUGAGCGCAGCGACACCGAGGAAGACGGAGAGCACACUGUGAUGGAGAAAAAGCUACUUUUAUUUCGUUUAAAGUCUAAACUGGAGCUGGUUUUUAAGUUAAAAUAUAUUUUAUUUCUAGCAGGGCCACUGUUGCAUGCUGCAUUGCACAUUUUAAAACGAUUGUAUAAUCUGGAAAGAUAAGAAUUACAGAGAAUGUAAAGCAUUAUGAAUGUACCCAACUAUGUUUUAAUAUUUUAAUGAAAUGAAGCCUUAGUUUAUUUGUUGCCAAACGCAUAAAAAAAGGAGGCCAGGAUUUUUAUUUUGUGGAUUUUGGAAUGCUGGUUUUAUUUUAUUUUUUUAAUUCCUAUCAGGGGCAAGAGUGAAAAUAGGUUGUUUUAUUCUCAGGCAUUUACUGUUUCUGCCUUUAAGUGCUUAAGAUCAGUUUUAAUUGGUCUAAAUGAGUGAAACGUGGGAUGCUGCUCCUUUUUUUUCGUGGAGGUUUUUAUGUGAAACUGUGUUUCAAGUUUCGUUUAUAUUAAAAAAAAGAUAGAUUUAAAAACUGGAAUCUGUUGUGUUAUGUCUAUUUUUACAGUCUUUGUACAUUUGGAUUGUCUCCCAACUUCAGAACAUAUCCCCGCAGUGCUUACUGUGUAUUCAUGAAUAAAAGAGUUCUUGUGA